AUGGGCCAAGCCGCCUCCUACGCGGAGUCUUCGGUGCAGCGAGCCUUACUGCGCUUGAAGGAGGAGGAGCAGGCAGACGAGGACGAGCUGCUGUGCGCCUGCGGCUAUAGGCGGGCGUCGCUGGCGUCCAGCACGGAGGAAUCGGCCGCAGUCGCCGCACGGUCAUCGCAGGAUGCAGAGCAGUCCGGGCCAUUGCCAUUGUCAGCAACUCACUCAGCGAAUGUACAGCUUCCGCCGCCGCCCGAGGCCCUCGGGCCGCUGGUCUCGCUGACACCUGAGUACUACACGCUUGAUGAGCUGCGCCACGUGCUGCAAUACCUGCCAGAUCCGCUAUGGGUGAGCCUCUACCGCGUCUCGCUGCUGUACAUGCUGGACAACGACCGCGAUGGCCGCAUCAGCUCUACCGACAUUAGCUUCUUCAUGGACUGGGGCAUCAAGACGGUGGGUCGCGAUGUCCUGCCGGACCAGCUCGCAGAGGUACUGCAAACAUAUGCGGCGCUGCAUUGCUGGCACUGCUGUCUUCACGUCGGCGAACGCAUCGAGGCCAUGAAAGCCGCAGCCGCAGCGCAGCCACAGCCUGGCCAUGGCGGCAACACUGGCGCUGGCGGGGCGGAGCGCACACGUCGACAUCACAUUUUGCCGCCCGGCGCCGUCGGCCCUUCGCCACUGCAUCCGCACCAUGAGCAGCACCACAGCCAGAGCGUGCCCUCCUUCAUGCUGUUGCACUUCCGCGAGGCCUUUCUGAACGCACCGGCUGGUGGGCCCGUGCCGCUUCCGGGCACGAUGGACAUCACGGCCACAAAGUCUAGUGAGAGCACGGUGUCGCCGACGCAGAGCUCCCCGUCGCUUGCGUCGUCCACGUCGGUGUUCUGUCAGCCCAUCACAGACAACGUUCGCCACGCCGCGGCGGCGCACUUUGCGGAAUGGAUGCUUCGUCUUGUGCAGCACCAGGAGCGGGACCGUCGGCACGAGCGGCAGCGCUUCGAGCGUCGCGUGCGCAGCAUGACAACCGCUGCCGACAUGAAGCUUGGUGGCACCGCCCGCCUGCGCCACUCGUCGUACGUAGGCCAACAGUCGCUGCGGCUACGCUUGUCGGCUACUUUGCUCCCCACUGAGGCCGCUAGCGUAGACGCGUCGGCCGACGGCGACGAUUUGGUUGUGUCCGUGUCGCGGAAUAACACACCAGGACAGCAUCGAUCAAUGCUGUGUGCCACCCUGAACGCAGAUGCCGGUGCGAUGGCAGCGUCGUGGGAUGCGGAGCACGAGGCACCGGAGUUGGAAGUGGUGGCCCCGGCGCCGUCACCGCAGUUGGCCACAUCGCUCCCCUUCAGCAAGAGUCCCACGGUGACGUCGAGGUCAAGGCCCCCCUAUUCCCACAGCACGCCCGCCACGUCGCUGACUUGCGUAAAGGCACCGCCGCAGCCAUCGUCGCCCUCCAGCAGCGUGACGCCGCUUAGCGUUCCCAUCACGUUCGUUGGUGGUAACGGCUCCUCGAAAGGCACUUCAUCGCCGCUAUUGUCUAGCGCGAUCGGAACACCCCUCACUUCAGCUGGUAGUUUUCCCGAUGGCCGCAGGAGGACCGCUGUUGGUGGCGCGCUCAUUACAGACACUUCACCGCUGCAUCAACCUUCGCGGCAGCACCCGUCAGCGGUGGCGCCCACCACGCGGUCGAAGUCCCUCGGUGGACCUCCGUGUGCUGCCUGCUUGAACAUGGCCGUCUCGCCCGAAGACGUGACUGCUGGCGCGAGCGCAAGCGCGAACGGGGCCGACGCCCCCGAAGGGGACUUAAACGACAGCGACUUCAGUAACGUCAACAGAUGCGUCAGCGCCUCGUCAAUAGCCUCGGUAGCUGGUGCCGGCGGCACUGCUGCGGCGGCUACAGCGCCGAGUGGUGGCUCCGCGGCGUCGUUAUUAGCACAUCAGGUGAGUGUGCUGCUGAUGGAUGCGGAGGUGUUCUACGCAGAGCUGGAGGCGAACGGGUGGUGCACGAUCGGGGCGGUGGAGGAGGUGUACCUGGACUUUGCCGUUGAGGAGUCUUACUGCUUGCCCUUCUGGUCCUUCUGCCGGUUGCUCAACAAGGCGUCCGCGGACGACGUGCAGGUGGCGCUGGAGCUGUCCACAGACCAGGCAGUGGCGGUACUUACGAGCGCAGUUGCAGUGGAGGAGUACAGGCAAGCGGCAGCGGUUCGGCAGCUGCAGCGGCACUCCACGAUGCAGCGCGAUGGAGGGCACGGUAACGGCAACCACUGUUACAGCAGUUCCCGUGGUGAUGGUUGGGCGCGCAACCUGCAGGUGAUUCCUCUGUUUGUGGUAUCCGAGUACACGCUCGUGGCGUUCAUCGCAGCGUUCAUACACGCCUACUGGGCGAUGCUGGGGGGCAUGGGUGUCGACCCCGUGAUCUAG